CAGUUCUUAACCAAAUUUGCUUGGAAGCCUCCAGUGUCCAGGAUCACUUUAUGUAGUCAAUCUCUCUAGGACUUCAUGAAAGAUAUCACUGGCCUCCUUAGUGGUUGCUUCAACCCUGAGCAGCCCGUGUUGAAAGCAGCAGAAUGCCAGUCUAUAUCCGCAAGGGCCCUCUUGAGAUCCCUCCCCCUUCUGAGAGGGACUGGAUUAAGGAUGAUGAGGAAGAUUACAUCUUGGAGGACCCAGACCAAAUCCUGGAUUCUCUGCCCCAGCCCUUCCGGAUGAUCAAUAAACUGCUGAACCGUCUAUUUGACCGGACUUGGGACAUCAUCGAGGAGAGGGAAGUGGUCAGAGAGGCUGAGCAAUCCAAGGUUAAGCCCACCCUCUACCAGCCGACCUCAGAGAUCAAGCUUUCAAAAGCGCCGAACUGCCUGACGACCUUACGAGGCUACCUGUUCAUUGGGUUCUCCAGAGGACUGCAGGUCUUCAGUCUGUUGAGCAGCACCCGGAUCUGUGGCUGGGAAGCAGCCAGAGUUGAGAUCACUUCCAUCUGGGCUGUGGCUAUUGGGAAUGAGACCCUUCUUGCCACCCUGGACGACAUGGGUCUUGCUCGGCUGUUCUAUUUUUACAAGGAGAAUCUCUCCCUAAUCAAGGCCAUCAAUGAAACAGAAGAUCUCAGCAAGCAAGCCACCUGUAUGAAGCUGGGGCUCUCUCCUGCUGGGGAGUUUGCAGCUUUCCUUCUGCAAGGAGGUGGACAGGUUUGGCUGGAUGUGUACCGAUUGCCCAAGGAUUCUUGGCUCCGUGAGAUGGAACACCCCCAUUCGGCAGGAACGAGCAAGAAGAAAAUGAGCCAGAACCAUCUGAAAUCAGUGGAGUCCCUGGGAUCCGAGGGUUCAGAGUUGAGUGAGAGUAGGUCACAGACCAGGCCCAGGAGCCAGAAGCGCUCAAGGUCUCUGUCCCCGCCACCACAAGACAUUCGAGGAGAUUCGAAGUUGAGCAGCCCCGUUCACAUGUUGAAGAUCAGACCACCCAAACCCAUCACAGGAACUGCAUUUAAAAGUCCCCUGGAAGCCUUGCAAAAGAUGGAGGAGAGCUCUGGGCUGGGCUCUGGGCAGAAUCACCUCAUCAAAGACAGCCAAUGGGAGCAGCAGGAAGCAAUUUUUUCCAUUUUGUUCAAGAAAUAUCUGGAUACGGAGUGCUCCGAAUUCAAAGGUGAAAAGCCAAGUCUUGCUGAGUUCCAUUUUCUCCUUCCUGGUCAGAUCUUUACUGUACCUACCGAACCUGGGUGCCCUUCAGGAACGGCCUGUGCCCUUGGGAUUCACUGGAGUGGGAGCCACAAUUUCAACCUCUAUUCACUAGUCCGGUUGCAGAAGGAGAAAGCUGGUCAUGCUGCUCCAUCAGAUCCCGAUCAGAAGCCCGACACAGUCUGGCCAUGUGCGGCCCCCAUCGUGAGCUCAGCGGUCAGCUCCUGCUCGUCUUACUUGGCUCUAGCCUGCAGUGAUGGGACGGUCACUGCCUGGGACCGAACCCAAGGGUUCCCUCUUGCAGUGGUGGCCCUCCCCCAGGGAUGUCUCAGUCGCAGCCUUCACUUCCUGGAAAGCUCCCCGACCUACAACGAAAUCCUGAGGCUAAGGAUGCCCGUUAGCCCCCAGGUGCAGUGUGGAGUUUUGGGCACUGAUGGGGCUCUCUACUUGGUGACGGCAACCAGGGCCAGAGAGUCAUGCCUCAGUGUGCUCUCAGAGAGCCCAACGAAGCUGAGUGAAACACUCUGUGCGGUGACAUCCGUCCCGGCCUUACCAGACGCAGUGCUGAUUUUCUUCUGGGAUGGUUCUGCACAACUAGUGAACGUGGACCAGAAAAGCGUCGCUGGUGCCUUUGCUCCCCCUGCCUCCCACAAGAUAGCCAGCCCCUGGCAACCAGUGUUCGCUGUGGAUCCAGACAAUCCGAUCCUGCUGCUCCGAGGAGACAGACAAAGUGACACAGACAAGGCCACAAAGACCAGAGGUUGCGAGAGCUCUGUAUUCCUUUUCCACUUUGAUUCCUUCCCACUAGAAGAGUUUUUCCCAAGGGGCCUGAGUGCCUCACAGCUUGGAAUACCAGCUAGUCAAGUCUCCAUCCAGGACCUGCACUGGGAUAAGAGAUGUGAACUUUUCCUCCAGAACAGGUUGAAGGGCCUGGAUAAGCGCAUCCUGAAAAGAUCUCAGUGCUGGACCCUGCUGCGGAAGCACUCGAUAGCCCUGGCCAGAGACAGCCUAAGGAAGUCAUCUGCCUUUAUGGAGCGAGCCCAGGAGCAGUGACCAUCUUACAGUGCUCUGCCCAGAUUUCCAGCCGUCACCAGAGACAUCUUUCAACGACAUCUCCAAGUUAUGAGAAGCUUCGGGUAUUGAUUUACAAUACAGGCUUACCUUUUUAUUUUCCAAGGUUGGGUUCGUGCCAUGUUUUAAUACUCUAGUUUCAGCUUCACCUUCUUUGGAUUUUUGUCAUCUCCGUACCCUCCUAGAAGAUACAUUCAUCCUAAAUUGACCUGAUUUAUUCAGUGGUAAAUCUUCAACCACUUUGACAAAAGGCAGUAAGCUGUCACUGCUCAGAACUGAGGUACAUCCUGGGUGCUUUUCAUUUGAAGGGACAUGGAAGAUGAUGUGAUGAGCUUGAGAUGGGUUUUGGCAUGUUCAGUGAAUAAAGGCUGAACACUGCUGUUUAGUCUGCUCUUAAUAAUAAUAAUUGUAGUAUUUGUUAAGCACUUACCAAACACUGUUCUAAAC